AUGUUUUCUCCCUUUCUUCUUCUCUUACCUGCUGUAUGCUCAGCCGCGAUAUACGAGAAAGUCGCAGACCUUACAACUCUGGACUUUGACUAUAUCAUCGUUGGAGGAAAUGUCCUUGCCAAUCGUCUGACCGAACAGCCUGAUAUAUCUGUGCUAGUCCUUGAGGCUGGACAGUCUCUACCCAGAACCGCGGAUAUCUUGGUUACGCAGGUACCAUUCUUUUGCACACUAGCUACGCCCGACACGGCUUUGGACUGGAACUUUACCACGACGUCCCAGCCUGGCCUAAACGGACGGGCCCUUCCAUUCCCAAGGGGCUUGGGCUUGGGCGGCACUAGUGCAAUCAAUUUUAUGGCAUACACCCGCGGUUCAUCGGAGGACUAUGAUCGAUACGCCAACAUCAGCGGUGAUCCCGGGUGGGGAUGGGACGAGAUGCAGCAAUAUAUUCGAAAGAACGAGCGUUUCGUCGCGCCUGCGGACCGUCACAAUAUCACUGGAGAAUUCGAUCCAACAGUACACAAUUUCGGUGGUGUAAACUCGGUCACGCUCCCAGGAUAUCCCCGCGCUAUCGAUAGCCGAGUUAUCCAGACCACUAAGGAACUACCGGAUGAGUUCCCAUUCAAUCUAGACUCUAAUUCAGGCUAUCAUUUGGGGAUCGGAUGGGAGCAAACGACUGUGGGGAGCGGGACGAGGAGUAGCUCCCAGACGUCUUAUCUUGGGCCUGGGUAUAUUGAGCGCGAGAAUUUGUAUGUGCUUGUGAAUUCUUAUGUCACCCGGAUCCUUCGGAAGAACGGGUUGGAUUUGGACAACGGUCUGCUUUUUGAUGCUGUCGAAUUCACGCAAGAUGCAGGAGCCGGCACCGUUGGAACUCCUCACAUCCUGCUUAAUUCAGGCAUUGGGGAUGUCGGCGAACUCAAUGCUUUGGGCGUCACCCCAACGGUCCAUCUACCCGAUGUUGGGAAAAAUUUGACAGAUCAUCCGAGUUUGAGUCUCGUCUGGACUGUCAAUGAUACUAACACAAUAGAGGACGUAUAUUGGAGGAACGAGUCGUUCCAGGCGGAAGCUCUAGCUGAAUGGCAAGCCAAUCGGACCGGGUAUAUCUCCAACAUCGCGUUAAACCAUCUUGGAUUCCUUCGUCUAGAUGGUGUCUUAGAAACUGAACCAUGCGCCGGUAGUCAGACAGGGCAUUAUGAAUUGAUCUUUGCUGGUGGGAUUUUCGGAGAGGCCGUUCCGGAAACCGGCAGUUAUCUUACUAUAGCUGUCGUUAUGUUGUGCCCGCUUUCUCGUGGAAACAUCACCAUCAGCGGUACCAAUCCUCUCGAUUCACCGCUCAUCAACCCCAACUAUCUCUCGCACCCUCAGGAUUUAGAGGCACUGCAACACGCUGUAGGGGCUGCACAGAGAUUUGUCGCGGCACCGGUAUGGAAGGACUAUAUCAUUGAGCUCACUACCAAUAUCACGGACUUGGAGGAGACCAUCAGAGAUAUAGCCAUACCGACUGAUCAUCCCGUUGGUACUGCGAGUAUGUCCCCGGUCGGCGCGGACUGGGGAGUUGUGGACCCAGACUUGAGGCUCAAGCGCACGGCAGGGGUGAGAGUCGUAGAUGCGUCUGUCUUGCCUUUUAUUCCUGCUGCACAUACGCAAGCAGCAGUCUACGCUUUUGCAGAGAGAGCAGCUGAUUUGAUCAAAGCAAUUGGCCAAUAA